UCCACUUUUGUCGACAAAACUAGGUAGUCUAGACACACCCAAAGAGCACAUCUUCACUUCAACAAAGGUCAAUCUUCUGGAUCUUCUGGUGUUCAAUUUAGUGGUCUGGUGAGGACCCACUAAAUUAAGUGCUGAGGGCAUCCCUAUCAGCCAGUUGCGACAAGUAAGAGAAGUCACUGGGAGUUUCUCCUAUUGACCUUCCACUGUGGGGCUAACCAGCAACUCAAUGCAAGGUAUGUUGACUCCAGCUACGCAAUUCAUGUAGCUGAACUUGUGUAUCUUGCAUCAAUUUUCUUUUCCAUUGUAGGCCUGGCCUAAGUCUCUUGUUGCAAGGCAUUUUCCAUAGCCUUUAAACGAUUUGUGACUUUUUUCUUCCCCUUCUCUAGUUUAACAUACUUUGAAAAUGUGGACACAUGAACUGUGCAUAGUCUUUCAGUAUCAGUCUCUCCAAUGCCAUAAACACAGACAUAAAAUUGCCUCCCAUAUCCUACUUAACUACUCCCCUGCUUAUACCCUCCAAGGAGUGCAUUAGCCCUUUUUGCUAUAGCAUCACACUGAAAGCUCAUGUUCAGUUCUUUGACCCAUUAUGACACCUAAAACCUUUUCAGAGUCACUGUUUUCCAGCACACACUCCUCUAGUUUGUAGCUGUGGCCCCAAUUCCCUUUUUCAAAACAUAUAACUAUGAAUUUAGCUAUAUGAAAAUACAUUUUAUUUGAGCCCAGAUUUCAAAGUGAUACAGAAUUUUACCAUGUAUCUAUUUUGACUUCUGGUUUUGGCUCUAAGUUUGAGUACUUUAAUUUUCAUCAUAAAGACUAUGCUGCGUUCUUUCGUGAUUUAUAUCAUAUAACCCGCACUGACUAGUUAUAUUCAAUUCUGUGAAGCAGGUUGGGAUAUACUCUAUGUAAAAUGUUAUGUUAAAGAAAAUUGUACUGCUGUUUUAGAUAAUGUACUAGGUAUCUAGUCCAAAGUCUGUUGAAGUCGAUGAAGAUUUUUAUGUUGGUUUCAGGGAGCUUUGAAUCAAGUUCUAAAUUAUUUAAUUUCUGUUCCAACUCCUGUUUCAUAUACCAGUUUCAGCUGUAGUAACAGUGUAAAACUUGAAAACUGGCCAGCGCUAGCAAGGAAGACAGGGCAUCAUCAUCAUCAAUACAUGCAAACUCUUUCCAAGACAGUGAUAUUGUUUGCAGCUCAUGGAAUUAGCUUUUACAUUGCUGUAUUAUGGGAGUCACUAUAGAACUUAUUUUUACCCAAUUUUGUUGUUCUUAUUGUGACUUAAAAAAACUCUUUUAGAGGCCUGGUUUCUGUUCUUGACUACCUCCCGAUGGUUUGCUGUGCGCUUGGAUGCCAUUUGUGCCAUCUUUGUUAUAGUGGUUGCCUUUGGUUCACUGCUCCUUGCAAAGACUCUGGAUGCAGGACAGGUUGGCUUGGCAUUAUCUUAUGCAAUCGGUCUCAUGGGAAUGUUCCAGUGGGGAGUCAGGCAAAGUGCUGAAGUUGAAAAUCUGAUGAUCUCAGUCGAAAGAGUAAUGGAAUACACGGAACUUGAAAAGGAAGCUCCUUGGGAGUCCAACAAACGCCCAUCGGCUGAAUGGCCAAGCCAAGGUGUAAUAGCCUUUGAAAACGUUAACUUCACAUACAGCUUAGAUGGCCCCUUGGUGUUGAGGCACUUUUCUGUUCUCAUUAAAUCAAAAGAAAAGGUUGGAAUUGUAGGAAGAACAGGAGCUGGAAAGAGCUCUUUGAUAGCAGCCCUCUUUCGAUUAGCAGAACCGAAAGGGCGAAUUUGGAUUGAUAAAUACUUAACAUCCGAACUGGGACUUCAUGACUUGCGGAAGAAAAUUUCAAUCAUACCUCAGGAGCCUGUUUUGUUCACUGGAACAAUGAGAAAAAACUUAGAUCCUUUCAAUGAAUACACUGAUGAAGAGCUGUGGAAUGUCUUGGAAGAGGUACAACUGAAGGAGGCUGUGGAAGAACUACCUGAUAAAAUGGAGACACAAUUGGCAGAAUCUGGAUCUAAUUUUAGUGUUGGUCAGAGACAGCUGGUGUGCCUUGCCAGGGCAAUUCUAAAAAAAAAUAGAAUUCUGAUUAUUGACGAAGCAACAGCAAAUGUGGAUCCGAGAACCGAUGAGUUGAUUCAAAAGACAAUUCGUGAAAAGUUUGCCCAGUGCACUGUGCUGACCAUUGCACACAGGUUGAACACCAUUAUCGACAGUGACAGGAUCAUGGUUUUAGAUGCAGGAAGACUAAAAGAAUAUAAUGAGCCAUACAUUUUGCUACAAGAAAAAGAGAGCCUGUUAUACAAGAUGGUGCAACAACUGGGCAAGGCUGAAGCUGCUGCUCUGAUUGAAACAGCAAAACAGGUCUACUUCAGUAAAACUUACCCAGAAGUUAUUCAGAAUGGUCAAGUUGUCAUAGAUUCUUCAAUAGACGCUUCCUCAGGAUUAAUAAUUUCUGAAACUGCACUGUGAUCCAACGUAGCCAUGAUAGCUUUCUAUAGACUGCAAGCCUGAAACCAUCUAAACUGGAUGACUGACAAUGUUUAGAGGGGAGCUUUUUGUACUAGACUACAAUCAUAUUUAAUAUUUUUUAAAGUUGCAUAUAUCAAUCUUUAAUUUCAGGACAAUGCAUCAUUUUCAUCUCAAGAAAUUUCCAUUCCUAAAGGAAUUAGGUAGACUAGAUUUUAUUUGAAAAUUAAAUUCUAGAGACUCUCAUAUUUAAAUCAGAGGUGCAUGUUUAAAGGUUUUAAGAAAAGCUGGAGUUUCUCUAUUUUCCCAUGUGGAAAGUAUGUAAAAACAAUUUGUGUAGUGUCACUUUAAAAUGACAAGUUUGUCUUAUAGCAGUUUUAAUAAUGUAAUACGCCGUUUUCCAAUGUAGUACUUUUUACAUACUCAGUCUUUUCAAAGCAAUUUAAAAAAAUAUGCAGAGACAAGAAUGCAUUUUUAUAGAGAUUAGUUAAUAUACUGUUAUAAAUACUAAUUUUAAAUUGAAAAUGUAAUACAGGUAUACUGUGUAGAAAUGAAUGUAAAAAUUGCGGUUUUCCUUUGCUGAGAACCAAAUGCUGUAAAAUCAAUAUCAAUCUGCUGUGUUUUAGAAGAAAAUGAUUGCAUUUUGCAUAUAUUUUGUACUGCACAAAUAUUUAAAUAAUUUAACAUACAUUCCUCUUUUUAUCCAGCUAACCAAAGAAAAAAGUAUUAAAAUAACUAGAGGAAAUACUUGAUUGAAAGAUGUGUCAUCAGUAAAUACUAUGUAGUGGAAAGUUAUCUUCAGCAAAACACAUUGUGGAAUGUAUAUAUUUUUUGCAUGUAUUGUGCCUUAAUACAAUUCAAGCCAAAUCUACACCUGCAGUAUGCACAACAAAUUCAUUAAAUAUAAUUUUUUAUUUUACUGUUUUAAAUUAAUGUAUUUAAAACAUUUGCAUCAGGAAUUCUGUUUAACUGAAGUUUUGUGAAGUUGCCCUUUCAAUUCUCAUAGGUAGAAAAGUGUCACUUGUAAUUUUGAAUGCCCGUAGUUAUACUGAGAAAAACUUUGGGAAAGAGAACUGUGUUCAUAAGUUAGGCCCUGAUCCAGCUAGGAUAAAUAAAAAAAAUUAAACAAGUACUUUGCUAUAUCCUGUUCUUUUUUUUUUUUAAGUAGAGAUAUCAACAAUUUAAGAUUCAGUGAAGUGUAAGCCUAUUCACCUUAAAGGGUGUGUUCCCAGCAAUAAAGAACAGGGACCGAAGAACAGCAAACAAUGAAAAACAUUGAAAAGAAAGUUGUGCUUUAUAAAAUACUGUAGAAGAUAGUUAAAUUGAUAGAUAUUAUUUUCCCAGAGAAGAAAGUUAAUUAAUUACAGGAAACUCCAACUUUUAAUCUUAUUUCAAGCAGCAGUACCAGCAAAAAUCUGAUUUAAGUUCAAAAUUCUCCUCUGUCCAUUAGUAAGUUAAUUAUUAUCAAACUCUUUCUCACAAACAAAGGCUGAGUAGAGGGGCUUUGCUCUAUAGAAACCCAGUCCUGUACUGACAAGGCUGAAGGACAGAGUCUUCAUUCCUACUCUGCAGUAGUUUUUAUGCAACAGGGUUUGUUAGAGAAGGGGAAAGACUGCGAAUGUGUCCUGUCAGCCACAUUCUUACAUGGCCACUUACGCCAAGGUACAAAAUAGAGACCAGCUGCUACAGAACUCUGCUCUGUGACAUGCAAAGGCUUGCGGGCUCUUUGUGGUUUGGGCCAUUUACACAGCAGAAAAGAUCCAUUUCUGCUGAAUUUGGUUUUGAUUUGCUCAUCUCUCAGGUGUGGCAUCUGGCUCCUAUUAAGAUUCUUGUAUGGUUAUCAUAAAGUUCCAAAAUAAAAUACUUUGGUGCGUGGGUUGGUUCUGACACCUUUUCUCUUGAUGAGUAACACCUUACUCUACAAUUACUCCCAUUAAAGUCAAUAGGGAACAUUUCAUAGGGUGCUAUUUAACAUAAGGGUCUCACUUUCUGGCCCUUUUGUUGGGUUGAGUCUAACCUCACCUAGCCCUGUUUUACAGUGGUGCAAUUCCAUCUUGAAUGGAUUUACUUCUUAAGUUAAAAAAACCCACCAAGAUAAGAGGAGAAUUACAGACUGUGUGUAAUAUGCUGGAGUUUUAAACAUUCUAAAAAAGUGCAGACAUCUGGCUAUAUUGUACUAUGAAUCUAUGCCCAUAAUUUUCCAUCAAUAAAAUGGAGAACUAUAUGCAUGGACUAUGUGCCUAUGUGGCAAUAGGCCAUUUCAGCCAAAAUGCUUCUAGAGUAGCUGGCUCGCUGGCAUGAAAGCUAGGCAGGUCUUGAUAUUUCAGACCUUAAACCAGCAUACUUUACUUACCAGAAUUAAUUUGAUACUGUAGCUUUUUAAAUGCACACAAAAAUGUUAGGCAUCUAUGAGAAUGCUGAUUAUGCUGGAUAACUUGUUUUGACAGGACAGUAUUACUAUAGGUAUCAAAUAUCAAUGUAAUAGAAAUCAAACUGAAAAACUGCAAGUUGUUGAACAGGAUAACUGCUACUGAUAUGUUCAUAUUUUAGUAACUUCUCUCAAUGCCAUUAAAUACAUAUUAUACUCUUCAAACAUCUGUUUUCACUCUUUUUUUUAAAAAAAAAGCAAGACUAAUUAGUUCCAAUGAUAAGGAAGAACUUCUGCCAUUUUAACAAAAGAAUGUGGAUUUCUACACAUUAUUUAGUUUCAGUAAUGUGUCAUUGUUUGAGAACUUCAGCUAUAUCCUUGCAAUUUGUAUAAUGACUUUUGAUAGCCAUUGUCAUAGACGGAUUUGUAGUUGAUUCUAUUGGAUGAGGUGAUGCUGUGUGAAGAAAGUGUGAUGAUAAAAUCCUCAAAAGUAUGUUUAACCCUUUUGUGAUGAUCACUUGCAUUACUAUGUGAAGGCACAAAUGCAGUCCUACAUUUGGAAUAAUUUAUAUUGUGGCGGUGUCCAGAAUCCUCAAUCAAGAUCAGGGCCUUUUGUUGCCAAGCCAAGUGCUCAAUAGGUCAGGCUUGCAAAAAAUUAUAAAAAAAUUUUGAAAGUGGUUUUCUUAACCUGGGUUUGGGGCCUUUUGAAGUUGUGUUUUCCGGCUUUUCUCUGCAAACAUGAGGUCUAGAACCUAAGUGUAUUUAAAAAGAACCAUUAAAACAGAUUCUCACAUAAUCAUGACUUGGAGCUUUAGGAAAAGUAUCAAAUAUCAUGAGAGUUGACAACACUGUAAAAAACACGUGGUCAGAAAUAGUCCCUGCCUCUCAGGAUUUCUAGUCUAAAUGAACCAGAUGGAGGAGAACAGAUGUUUGCAAUAUUUGUUACAGCCCCGAUUCCAGAAGUGUGUCCUAGGCCAGGAGGGUUUUAUUAGGAAGGAGACUGGAUGGAAGGGGGAUGCUCAGGGCUGAGGACAGACUUUGUCAGGGCUGGGUCAGCUCCAGGCCCCCAGAAGGGGGAGGGGCUAGGGGCUAGCCUCCCCCAGCAAGCUCUUCAGCAUCUCUGGGUCCAUGCUGCCCAGUGUUCCAGCAUUGAUUUAAAAGGCCCAGGGCUCCAGUCAUUGCUGAGGUAACACUGAUGGUAACCGAGAGUUGCUAGGCCCCAGGGCAGCUGCACCCUGCCCCCCAUCAGCUUUCUUGGGUUAACUCUUCCCCCUUCCCCUACCAGCUAAGAUGCUGGGGGGGAGGCUCUUUUGUGCAAUGAGUUCCCUUUGAAAUGCAUAAAAUAUAGAGAAACAGUUCAACAUGUAUCAGCCUCACUGAACUUACUGGAAGCA